UAAACAAAAAAUUGUAGAUCCGCAUUUGCAACAUACUUGUCGCAAAUUUUGUAAACUUUAUCCUAAUAGUUUCUUCUUAGUUUACUACAUUGGAUGAUUAUUUAGAUCAAGAAACUAUCAUAUAUUAUAUAUAAUAAUGGAUAAGAAGGUUCCAGGUACUGCUUCAACUGCAAGAAUAAAGAAAACUGGCAAAAUUCCGGUUAGCGCCAGUACAGCAAAGUUGGGUUUUAUGGCGCCACUUAAUGAUAGUAAGAUAACUCCAAUUCCAUUAACUAAAGCUCAUUUCUUAGAUGCUUAUUCAAAAUGGAAUCUUUCAAUGGUACCUUGUCCACCAUGUUUGGAAAAUGAUGGUUUUAUGCAAGCGCCUGAGUGUUACAAUGAAUCAUUACGUACUAAGGCAGUUGAAAGAUAUAAGAAAUUAGAUCAUUGGAAUGAUAAAACAAUAUUUAAGAAACCAAUCGCUAGGUUAAGAAAAACCUUUGAAGUUUCAGGAGUAUCAAUUUCAAUUAUUGAACAUAAUAAGGCCCAUAUUAAAUUUGAAACAUUAUUAGAUGCUAAUGAAAUACCAAGAGGUAUUUGUAUUGAUUCACAUGCUAUCUUAUCUCAAGGUUACUUUUUAUUACUUGAUGCUACAAAGGAUUGGAGAACUUCAAGAAAUCCUCUUGUUACAGGGCUACCAUAUAUUAAAUUCUAUUGUGGAGUUCCAUUAUUAACAACGAAAAAUGAAAUAAUCGGAGUACUAGCAAUAUUUGAUGCAUUUCCCAAAGGUGAAUUUCUGGAUGAUAAUUGUAAGAAGUUACAAGACUUCAGUAAAGAGAUAAUGAUUUUAUUAGAUACUCCUAUCGAGCAACUUAAAGCUAUUCAAAAGAAAACUUUGGAUAAGAGCUCUCAAAUCAAUAGUGAAUUAAAUGAUUUGACAUUGAAGUUGGGUAGAGCUACCAGUACUAAAUCAAUGCUUAUGACUGUGUUUGAAAAAGAUGGAUCAGGUAGUCCUUAUUCUCAAAAUCAUAACUUUCGUUUCAUGAAGAUUUCAAAAAAUGAAAAGAAUAAAGAUUAUAAAUUUGAUGAAAAGAAAUUGUGGGAUAGUUUGGUUAAAAUUGGAACUUUAAAGGGAGCAGCAUCAGGUUUGGCUACCAUUAUCUCCAAUAGGUUUAAAGUUAGUUUUGUGAAUGUUUUAGAAAUAAGAAUUGCAGAACCUUAUCAAAUUCCAUCCGAAUAUUUUCCAUCAAAUGAAACUAAGAUAGAAGCUGAAAAUUACAGAUAUGCUAGUAAAUUAAUCAAGCAAAAUAAAACUGAUAAUCAAUUUAUGACAAGAAUAAUUGGAACUCAUGGUUCUUCUAGUAAUUCUUUCAAUCUUGAAAAUACUUUUCUUUAUCAAGCUUUUACAUCAGAAUUUGGAAUUGCAUUUUCAAAUUCUCAAGGGAAUUCAAUGUUUAAUAGUGGAGCUAUUAUGCCAUUCUACAGACACAAUUCUAAAUUAGUAAGAAAAUCUCAAGAAAAAGAUAGAAAACUCAUUGAUGUUUAUUUACGUAGUGGAGGUUAUUUGAUUGCUAUGUUAAAUGAAUCUACAGAUUCGACAUUUUCGAAUGAUGAUUUAUCAAGUAUCUUUAUGCAUACUAGUAUUCUUAGACAAAUUUAUAUAACCAGUUAGAAAUAUAUAUAUAGAUAU